AUGAAGUUUAACGACAAAGAAAUCGCUCAAUUAAGCGAGUCCAAAUGUGAUCUCGAAGGAAGACUGAAUUACAGCAGACCCAAAUUCAAUCAAAACGGUUGCAAAGAAAGAUGGUUCAAAUUAAAAUCGAAUCUCCUGUAUUAUUUUGAUAUAAGUGAUACUGGGAAAGUCAACACGAAGCAACCUUUAGGGCUCCUGGUGCUGGAACAAUGCCAAAUACAAUUAGAGAUGCAAACGGCAAUGCCUUUUGCAUUUUGUAUCGUGUUCCAAAACGAUUGGGAUCGAAGACAUGUUUUUUUCAGGCAGAUCUGA